AUGGAAGAGGAGUUUGAUGAAUUUUUUAACAUCAAUCAACUGCUUAUGGAGAAGAACACAGAUGAGCUGCAUCAAACAAACAUGCAAGAAGAAGCAAACAACACUACUUCACUGUCAGACUCAAGUGAGUCAUCAAAUCAGCAACAAACAGAAUCAGCAGAGUCAGAGGACUCAGAGACAGAGGCAGAAACAAAUGACCAACAACAGGGACCAAACCAUGGUAGGCAUAACAGAGAGUUAAACAUCCAUGAAAAGAGGAGUAUAGUUGAUGAUAUCAUGCUGAAUAUGGAAGGGGACUCACUUCCUAGAGGAGUUCUUUCAGCAUUGGCAAGAAAACAUGGUGUUCACAGAUCAACAACAAUAAGGUGGUUCCAAGAAAUUAAAAAACACAUUCAACAGGGGGAUGUUGUAGAUGUCAGGAGCAAAAAAUUAGGAACAACAGGGAAAAGGCCAAAAGAAUACUCAGAUGAAUGGCUUAUGUCUGUGCCUCUGUAUAAGAGAACCAUAAACAGAAGUUAUGGUGCAGCUCUGAAUGUAAAUCAUGUACUCAUACACAGGUUAAAGAAAAAGGGAAGACUAAGGGAUGUCACAACAACCAAUCACCCAGCAUUAUCUGACAAUCAUAAAAUAGCAAGGCUAAAAUGGGUGCUGCAGCAUAUAGAACCUGUUCCAACAGAGGGAGACCCAUCAUUUAGUGGUUUGCAACAUUACAUCCAUAUUGAUGAGAAGUGGUUCUAUCUAAACCCAGAGACAAGGACCUUUUAUCUAACACCUAAUGAAGAGGAUGGGACUCUACUGCACUCAGGUAAGUAUGGGCUUUUCCCUUUUGUCAAGAAACAAAUGGCAAAGAAAAAGAGCAAGAACAGAGAGGCAGGGACUAUGGAAACCAAAGCAAUUCAAAGUGUCAACAGAGAUGCUAUUAGAGAGAUGAUUUUAAACAAAAUCAUUCCUACUAUUCAUGCUGAAUGGCCACAACAACUAAGCAAGAACAUUGUAAUACAGUGGGACAAUGCAAGGCCACAUCAAGUGCCUAAUGAUGAAGAAUUUGUGGCAGCAACAAAAGCUAAUGGUUUCAACAUUCAAUUUGUUUUCCAGCCUGCCCAAUUGCCUGAUUUGAAUGUGUUAGACCUUGGUUUAUUUAAGGUGAUACAAUCUAUCCAAUAUCAGUCCUUCCCUAAAAACUUGGAUGAACUUAUUGAGAAGGUGGCAGAGGCAUUUGAGGUUUUUGAUCCUACCUCAACAGAUACACAUGGAUUACUCUCCAAUCAUGCAUGA